AAAGAAGAUUGUUUAUGUGACUGAUGUGCCACAAUGGAAGGUGACAUGGAAGCGGACGCAGUUGAAGCUAUUGGGGAAGAAACGUUCAUCAAAGGCAAAGAACGGAAGACCUACCAGAGACGCCGGGAAGGCGGGCAGGAAGAAGAUGCUUGCCCGAUGCCGCCCAACCAAGUAGAUGGGACUGAGGUGGUGCAGGAGGUUAACGCUGGCGUUCAGAUGGUCAUGAUGGAACAGCUGGAUCCAACGCUGCUUCAAAUGAAGACCGAGGUCAUAGAAGGCGCCGUGCCACAAGAUGCCGAAGCCACCGUGGACGACACCCAAAUCAUCACCCUGCAGGUUGUGAACAUGGAAGAGCAGCCCAUCAACCUGGGCGAACUCCAGCUCGUCCAAGUGCCCGUCCCGGUCUCUGUCCCUGUUGCCACCACUUCCGUGGAAGAACUUCAGGGGGCCUAUGAGAACGAGGUCUCCAAGGGUGGCCUCCAGGAGGGGGAGCCCAUGAUCUGCCACACGCUCCCUCUGCCAGAAGGUUUCCAGGUGGUAAAGGUUGGGGCCAAUGGCGAGGUGGAGACCCUGGAGCAGGGGGAGCUUCAGCCUCAGGAGGAUCCCAACUGGCAGAAAGACCCAGACUAUCAGCCCCCCGCCAAAAAGACAAAGAAAACCAAAAAAAGCAAACUCCGUUACACCGAGGAGGGCAAGGACGUGGAUGUGUCUGUGUACGAUUUUGAAGAGGAGCAGCAGGAGGGCCUGCUUUCCGACGUCAACGCGGAGAAAGUGGUGGGCAACAUGAAGCCCCCCAAGCCAACGAAAAUUAAAAAGAAAGGGGUGAAGAAAACAUUCCAGUGUGAACUGUGCAGCUACACCUGCCCCCGGCGUUCAAACCUGGACCGUCACAUGAAAAGCCACACGGACGAGAGGCCACACAAGUGCCACCUUUGCGGCAGAGCCUUCCGAACAGUCACACUGCUGAGAAAUCACCUCAAUACUCACACAGGUACUCGUCCUCACAAGUGCCCCGACUGCGACAUGGCCUUUGUGACAAGCGGAGAGUUGGUUCGACAUCGCCGCUAUAAACAUACCCACGAGAAGCCAUUCAAGUGUUCCAUGUGUGACUACGCCAGUGUGGAGGUUAGCAAAUUGAAACGCCACAUUCGUUCUCACACCGGGGAACGCCCAUUCCAGUGCAGCUUGUGCAGCUACGCCAGUAGAGACACUUACAAACUGAAGAGGCACAUGAGGACCCAUUCUGGUGAGAAGCCCUACGAGUGUUACAUUUGCCACGCUCGCUUCACCCAGAGUGGGACCAUGAAGAUGCACAUCCUGCAGAAGCACACGGAAAACGUGGCCAAGUUCCACUGCCCCCACUGUGACACGGUGAUUGCACGAAAGAGCGAUUUAGGUGUCCAUUUGCGGAAGCAGCAUUCCUACAUUGAGCAGGGCAAGAAGUGUCGUUACUGUGACGCCGUGUUCCACGAGCGAUACGCACUCAUCCAGCACCAGAAGUCUCACAAAAACGAGAAGCGCUUCAAAUGUGACCAAUGCGACUAUGCGUGCCGACAGGAACGGCACAUGAUCAUGCACAAGCGAACCCACACUGGAGAAAAGCCUUACGCCUGUAGCCAUUGCGACAAAACCUUCCGCCAGAAGCAGUUGCUUGACAUGCACUUCAAGCGCUACCACGAUCCCAACUUUGUCCCAGCUGCCUUCGUCUGCUCUAAGUGUGGCAAAACGUUCACACGCCGUAACACAAUGGCCAGACAUGCAGAUAAUUGUUUAGGCCCCGAUGGGGUUGAAGGAGAGAACGGAGGGGAGCCCAAGAAGGGGAAACGUGGGCGAAAGAGAAAGAUGCGCUCCAAGAAAGAGGAUUCUUCGGACAGUGAGGAAAAUGCUGAACCAGAAUUGGAUGACAUUGAGGAGGAGGAAGAAACAGCGGUUGAAAUUGAGGCCGAACCAGAAGUGGAGCCCGUGGCCCCAACUCCUCCGCCAGCCAAGAAGCGGAGAGGACGCCCUCCAGGCAAAGCCAAUCAACCCAAACAGCCCCAGCCCACAGCAAUCAUUCAGGUGAAAGACCAGAACACUGGUGCAAUUGAAAACAUUAUUGUGGAAGUGAAGAAGAAGCCCGAAACAGAGACUGUCGUGGCCACUCCAGGAACUCAGCCAGCCGCAGUGGAAGCGCCCAAUGGAGACCUCACCCCAGAGAUGAUCCUUAGCAUGAUGGACCGGUGAUGGAGGACGGGUUUAACGCUCUUAACUGAACUGGCCUGGGCUCUUUUGAACUGGCUCAAUCCGUUUUA